AUGAAUCAGCUGCUUCUGGAUCUGGGCGAGGAGCCGGCCGGGUUCCGCACCAUCAGUUGUUUCCCUCCGAUGCAAUUCGGCACAGCCUGCCCAGUUGCCUGCAGAAGAAGGCCAAGGCAGAAGGCGUCCGGGUUCACUGCUAGGCUUGCCGGGCCUGUCAUUCAUACUCCUUGCCGGCUAACUGACGACGUCCUUGUUUCGAUAUUCGUCUGGCUCCUCCGGGACAGCAUUGUCAUUACCAACGCCGUUGGUGCAGCUAAUGAUCGGGCCAUCAGUGGACUGGUCGACCAGACAAGCGAAUCGAGAGAAAAGGCUGGUCGUUCUAAGCCGGUUGCACGGGGACACCGGCACUGGUUGCGAUAG